AUGGGUCGAAAAUCCUCGUCCACCGCAGUCUCCAAGGUUUCCUCCACUUCUACGCCCGCUGUCUCUGCAUCGUCAACGACUGUCUCUGCUCCAAAGUCCGCACUGCUGAAAUGUGCCUUCGCACCCUCACAGUUCCAAUUGCAUUUGUUUGCUUUGGUCAUCCAGAGUUUCGACACCCAACAGCUGCGCAUCCACGACACAAAUACUGGCCGCCUGCGCUGCCAACAUAGCGCUGCACCGGGAUCUAAAAUCACCUGCCUUGAUUGGGGUUUUUAUGGCUCUGCCUAUCGGGAACAGCAACAAGAAUCUUCCAAGAAAAAACGGAAGCGGGACCAGAGCAACAACGAAGGGGUGGUAAUUGCCUAUGGGACAAGCACCUCGGAGGUCCGCAUAUUUUCGCCCACAGAAGGCAAGCUCUUAGCCACCUUAAGCGGGGCGCAUGAGAGAAGUGUCAAGGAUUUCAAGUUUGAUUCCUCGGACUACAAACAAGGAUGGAGCAUAGGUGAAGAUGCCAGGCUGGUGCAAUGGGACCUCGUCCAAAAUCGGCACACCCGAACGAUAUCCCUCCCCGACCCGGCCAUCAAUAUCCUUGCCACACCUUCACGGAAUCCUCCUCAAAUACUUUGUGCAUCAUCUACUCCGUUCGCCAUUGAUGUCCAGUCAUCCGACGACUUUCGGAUAGCGCGCUACGAUUCCUUCAAAAACCCAGUCCAUCAACUGUUCCGAUCAAAUUUCAGCGAUUCAACGAAUCCAGAGUACUUCCUGGCAGCAGACACCGACAGAUACCUCAAUGUGUACGAUAUCCCCAAACAGAAGUUGGUGCGGACUUUGGUAGCGGGUGCGGGCAUCACCAGUGCAGAUUUGUCCAGUCCUCCAAAGGAUACCUCGGAAGUCUUGAGGCAGCAGGUUCUGUGCGCAGUGACGAAAGUGGGAACUGUGGAACUAUUUUCUCAACCUUUGGCUCAGUCCAAGCAAUUAAACGGCGACCUCAAGUCCAGCAGAAAAACCCUUACCAAGAAGCCUUCUGCUUCAGUCCGAUUGAUCAGCUCUGAUAACAAAGGCAAACUGGUCCCAAUCAUCUCCGCAUCUCUACAGGGCCCUGAUCUCGUCGUUGUUUCUGCGGAUGGUGGAAUAGAUUUUUCCUUCCAAAAGAUAAGAUGGCAAGACGAGGGAAAUGGAGAAUUACUCUUUGAAGGAACCAAAGAGGUGGUCAAAGUCACGAGCGCAUCUACUUUGAACACAGUCACUCUGACUGGCGCCAAGGAUACAAGUAAAGCGCAUGUUGACGAAUCAAGAACUGUGGUCGUCAAUGGCGGAGCAGGGGCUAGACCUCAAUCGGAUGCCAUCGAAAUCUCAAGCAGCGAAAGUGACGGAGAAGAUGAAGAAGAUGAAGACUCUGCCGACGAGAUGAAAACGAAUGACGCACAAGAUGUCGAUGACGAACGAGCUGCCAGCGUAGAUGCAGAUGAAGUGAUGGCUGAUACAGUAGACCAAGUUGCAAAUGAGCCGGAAGACGAGGAAUUUGUCCAAACGGAGCAGACGUUCGGCGAGCGCCUCGCCUCCCAGCACCCGCACGAGAUCUCCGCUGUUCCAACAGAACAACCCGAUAAUUUUCCAAUAUCCAUCCCAUUCAUACACAACAAACCCCUCCUCCCAUCUGGCAUGUCCCUCGGUGCGGUUCUCACACAAUCUCUGAGAACAAACGACCGAACCCUGCUCGAAGCCUGCUUGCACACACUAGACACCAACAUCGUCAAGAACACCAUCCAACGUCUCGACAGUAGUUUGGCUGGUCUCCUACUUUCCAAACUCGCCGAGCGCCUGGCCAGCCGACCAGGCCGCUACGGCCACCUGAUCACCUGGGUUCAGUGGACGUGUAUUGCGCAUGGCGGCGCCAUCGCGGCCCAGCCAGACGUUACAGCAAAAGUGCGGACGCUGUACCAAGUCCUGACGCAGCGGUCCAAAACUCUUGAUAGUCUCCUGCUGCUUAAGGGGAAGUUGGACAUGUUAGAUGCACAGCUCGAGUAUCGCAAACAACUCGCAGCACAGCGGCCGGCCAGGCGCGAGCAAGAUGAACCCGGUAUGAUUUACAUCGAAGGCACGGACAACUGGGACAGCGAAGAUGAGGAUCUCGACGAGGAUGCAUCACGGCCGACGAAACGGAUCAAGGGCAAAGGGAAAGGCAAAGCGAGAAGAAUGGCCCUGGAAGAUCUCAUAGCGGACGAUGAUGAGAAUGAGAUCAUGCCUCUUGCGAACGGCGAUUUGGACUCUGACAAAGAGGAAGAUGAGGAUGAGGAAGACGAGCGAAAUGGCCUCCUCCUCGAUGACGAAGCGGAAGUAACGGAUAACGAAGACUCGGAUCCCGACGGCUCAGCUUCCGAUGCCGCCGGUAGCAGUGAAGAUGAAGACUCAGCCGACGAAUCCGAGAGCGGGAGCGAAGAGGGCGACGACGACGAAGACUCUGAAAUGAACAGUUUCAUCAACGACGGUUCCAUCUCAGUUGCCGAGGACGAAGAUGACGUCCACAUUCCUGGCGACAGCAGCCAAGCCGAGGAUGAAGGAGAAGAUGAAGAGCAGGAGCCUGAGCUUAAGACUAAAGUCAAGCCGCGAAUUCCUGCCCCAGGGUCUAAUUCCAAGACAGCGUCGGCAGUUACUAAUGAGUCGAACCUUAUCAGACCUGGAAACAGCUUUUUCGUGGAAGAUCCACCAGACAAACUCGAAACGCCCCUGGAAAUCAGGAGUCCGGAAAUGAUAUUUGAUAACCACAUUUCUAUGACGCAGGGUAGUUGGGUCUUCGGCUGCUUCGCCUACAACGUUCUUACAAAUAGUUGUCUGUUCGAUUUGGCUUUCAUAUACAACAAGGAUUCUCGCGAUGACGCGCACCUCAUUCAGCUGUUCUCACUCCUAGGUCCGCUCCCAGCCAGGCUCAAGCAUAGCUGGCCACGCUAUGGAGUAUACUUUGACGAUGAAGCACAGCUGAAAAAGUUUGUCACAGCACAACGAACACCUCAAGAAUACUUCGACCACGAACUUCAUCCAUCGAUCGUCAAAGUUUGUGAGCGCAAGAUACGUAAAGACCAAGACCUUCCCGAAUCAGUUGCGGAGUACACUGCUCUCAAUCCACCGCUACGAGAAAGAUGGUUGGACGAGAAGCACCCUGAUGUGCAGCUCGAAGACCCGACCGGCGUCUUUCGACCAAAGGACUAUUACAGCAUGCUUGGAUUCGAGAUUCUUGUGCUUCAGACGGUGGACUUAGCAAAUUUUCUGAAAAGCAGUAAUAGUACCAAAGACCAAGACGAAGAGGUCGACUACGGAUGA